UUACUUUUCGUUAUGUCAAAAUGCUUCAAUCGCAGCUAAAAAUGACUUUAACGAAAAAAACGUUAGUCGUGAAGAACAUAGAAAAAAUCGAGAACAAGAACGAACUGGUGCACGAUGCCAUUCGGUCUCUCCAAUCUGAUCUGGACAGCAUUUUAAAUUCCCACCCGAGGAAAUUGUCGUUGCAAGAAUUAUACGGCAUCGUCGAAAACCUGCACAGCACCCACAGAACGCUUUUAUAUCAAAAACUCGAAGAUAUAUUAGAAGAGGCCUUGUCCGACAAACUCCAAAAGCUCGCUAAAAACGAUGAUAAUAACAACAGCAAUUACACAUUAACAGCCAUCAAAACGCUAUGGACUGAAUUUUGUAAAAACGUUUGUACGAUUAAAAACAUUUUUCUAAAUUGCGAUAGAUCGUCGCAAAACAGUAAUAAGUAUAAUACGGUUCACCAACUUACCACCGGUUUAUUUAAAACUAUAAUAAUCCAAAAUCCGAAAAUAAGGAGUCGCCUAACAGUAGAAAUAUUGACUCUAAUCGAAUUCCAAAGAAAGGGAAACGAUAUCGAUACGAAUUUAUUAAAAACGAUAUUAGAAAUGCUAACCGACCUGCAAAUGUACGAUGAAAUUUUCCAAACGGAAUUUUUGUCCAAUUCGAGCGUCUUUUACGAAGACGAAGGCAACAUUCUAAUAAACUCCAUCGAUAUGAGGGCCUACUUGAAACACUGCCAAGCCAGAAUCAAAGAAGAGCAAGAGAGAUUCGAACUAUUUCGAAACACUCACACGUUUUCCAGCGUAUCAAAUAUACUCUACCAACAUUUACUGAAAGAUCAUAUGCAGGACAUCCUCGAAAAAGUUUACAAACUACUAGACAAAGCAGAAAUCACUAACGCGGAAUUAGGAAUCCUCUACAAUUUAUUUAAAAACGUACCAACAGGUUCAAAAAGCCUGGUCGAGUAUUUCGUAAACUACAUCAUGAAACGAGGAAGUCAGAUCGUCAACAAACCAGAUAACGAAAAAACGAUGAUACAAGACCUGUUAGACUUCAAAAGCGAGCUAGACGACAUAGUAGAAAACGGCUUCAAAGACGCCGAAACGUUCGCAGACAUCAUAAGAAAUUGUUUCAUAAAAUUCAUAAACAGCAAACAGAACAAGCCGGCCCAACUGUUGGCCAAAUACAUCGACAACAAACUGCGAUCCAAGGACCUCUCCGACGAUCAACUGGAAAGCGUCCUCGACAAAGUGAUGAUCCUGUUCAGGUUCAUCCAAGGAAAAGACAUCUUCGAAGCGUUCUACAAAAAAGACCUGGCCAAGCGGCUGCUCUUGGGCAAAUCCACCAGCCAGGACGCCGAAGACAGCAUGAUCGGCAAGCUGAAGCUCGAAUGCGGCGCCUCGUUCACCUCCAAAAUCGAAGGCAUGUUCAAAGACAUCAACAUCAGCCGGUGCAUGAACAACUCCUUCAAGCAGCACCUCGUCCACGCCUCGCCCGCCGUCUCCUCCGACCUCUGCAUCAACGUGCUCACCAGCAGCUUCUGGCCCAACUAUCCCGCCUACAAGGUCAACCUGCCCGUCGAGCUGGUCAACUACCAAGCGAUCUUCCAGAAGUUCUACUCGACCAACCACAACGGCCGCAAGCUGGUGUGGCAGCCGAACCUCGGCCAUUGCAUCGUGAAGGCCUCCUUCGACGGCGGCAACAAAGAGCUGCAGGUGUCCCUCUUCCAAGCCAUCGUUCUCCUGCUGUUCAACGACUCGAGCAAACUCACCUUCGGCGAGAUGCGCGAGCUGACCAACAUCGAUCCCGACGAGCUGAAGAGGAUCCUCAUAUCGUUGGCUUGCGCUAAGAGCCGAGUCCUGGUCAGGCAGUCGAAGGGCAAGGACGUCGAGGCGGAGGACUCCUUCUGCGUCAACGACAAGUUCACCGAUAAAUUGUUCCGGGUGAAGAUCAACCAGAUACAGCUGAAGGAGACUGUAGAGGACCAGCAGGCGACCGAGAGGAGCGUGCUCACCGAUCGCCAGUUUCAAAUCGACGCGGCCGUGGUGAGGAUAUUGAAGAGCAAGAAGAAAAUCAAUCACAACGAAUUGAUUUCGGAGCUGUUCAAUAUGCUGGAUAUACCGGUCAAGCCGUACGAUUUGAAGAAGAGGAUCGAAUUGUUGAUUGAAAGGGAGUACAUGGAGCGGGAUAAGAACGAUCCUACUAAUUAUAUUUAUGUGGCUUAAUAUGAAUAAUGGUGUGUUUAUUUUCUGUUGUAUUGAAAUUUUGUUAUUGAGA